AUGGGUGUCGAAAAGCAGACGAUUAAGGAGGGAGAUGGAACCAAUUUUCCAAAAAAGGGCGAUGAACUAACGAUGCACUAUACAGGAACUCUUGCAUCCAAUGGAGACAAAUUCGAUUCAAGUGUCGACAAAGGAAGGCCUUUCAAGUUCAAGAUUGGUAUGGGGCAGGUCAUCAAAGGCUGGGACGAAGGAGUCAUUAAAAUGAGUCUUGGUGAAAAGGCCAAGUUGCUGAUUUCCAGUGACUAUGGCUACGGAAGUCAGGGUGCCGGAGGUGUGAUUCCACCCAAUGCUGACCUUGUCUUUGAAGUCGAGCUGUUGGCAAUUGGAAAUCUCGAAGCUGCAAGCGGUGGAGGCUGCUGCGUCAUUUCCUAG